ACAUUUUCUCAAGCUUCAGCUAAAUUCACUUGAACUUGGGUGUGCCAGAGAAUAAAAUAACAAGAAACAAGUCUUCCUGACACAGAAUCGCUUUGAACCGCUUGGUGUCGACCCCAAGAAGAAGAGCAUCUGACAGCAAAAUGGCAUCACCAACCCAUCUGUCAAAGGCCAACACCUCCUUCUGUCUGGAUUUAUUUAAAAAGCUGAGCGAUGAAGACAAGACCGGGAACAUCUUCUUCUCCCCCUUUAGCAUCUCUUCAGCCCUGGCUAUGGUGAUGUUAGGGGCGAGAGGCAACACAGCUGCACAGAUGUCAGAGGUCCUGUGCUUCACUGAGGCACAGCAGCCAGAGCAGACGGGGGCGCAGACAUCAUCCAUGGAGUCACCGAUGCUGUCACAAAUGCAGACGCGGACGCAGAUGCGGAUGCAGAUACAGCAGUCCAGCAGACUGCCACAGUAUCUGCUCAAGGUCUUCUCUGGCUGUUUGCAGUGCCUGAACCCCCAGAGUGGUCAAGAUGAUGUCCACGCCAGCUUUGCCCAACUGCUGAGUGAGCUCAACAAGACAGAUGCUCCCUAUGCCCUCAGCCUUGCCAACAGGCUGUAUGGGGAGCAGUCCUAUCAGUUUGUUGAGGAGUUCUUAGCGGAAACCAGAAAGAACUACAACGCUGAACUGGAGACUGUGGACUUCAAAACCAGCACAGAGGCAGCCAGGAUCCACAUCAAUGGCUGGGUGGAGGAGAAGACGCAAGGUAAAAUCAAGGACUUGCUGGUCCGGGGCGUGUUAACUGACAUGACCAGGCUGGUAUUGGUCAAUGCCAUUUACUUCAAAGGCAACUGGCGCAAGAAGUUCGAGGAGGAAUUUACUACUGAUGCUCAGUUUAGAAUAAACAAGAAUGACACUAAGCCAGUGAAGAUGAUGCGGCAGAAAAGUAAAUUCAACUUCACCUUCAUUCCUGAGGCAAGCUGUAAGAUCCUUGAAAUGCCAUAUGAUGGGGAGGACCUCAGCAUGCUUAUCUUCCUGCCCACUGCCAUAGAGGACAACACCACAGGCUUGGAGAAGCUGGAGAAGGAGCUGACCUAUGAGAAAUUCUUGGAGUGGACUCGUCCAGACCUGGUGGGUCCAGCUGUGGUUGAGGUGAUGCUGCCUCGAUUCAAGAUGGAAGAGAAGUAUGACUUGAAUGAUGUCCUGAUCAGCAUGGGGAUGGUGGAUGCCUUUGACAUGACAAUGAGUGACUUCUCUGGCAUGUCUCCUGCCAACGACCUGUUUCUGUCAAAAGUCGUCCACAAAGCUUUUGUGGAGGUCAAUGAGGAGGGAACUGAGGCUGCUGGUGCCACUGGUGCCGUCGUUAAUGAGCGCUAUUCAAUGAUUUCUGACACCUUCACUGCAGACCACCCGUUCCUGUUCUUUAUUCGACAUAACGCCAGCGCAAGCAUUCUCUUUGCCGGCCGAUACUGCUCCCCUGAGUGAGCACCACCGUAUGGCCUGCAUGACAUGGACAGGUUGUGAGAGAGUGGACCCCUGUGCACAGUCAUGUAAAAGGGCCCCCAUCCAUGAGACCCACUCUGUAGUUGUUUUGUUUUUGUUAUUAUGUAUGGUUGGCAAGUAUUCUCUGACCACUUGGCCCCUGGGACCAGUAGGCCCAUUCAUCAGUAAUCUGUAGAUGCCUGUUUUUCCAGGCCUGCAUUCAUACAAGAGCAGGGUUUUACAUGAAACAGAAACCAUGGUGCUAGAUUAAAAUUUUGUUUGCAGCUCGGUUGAAACCUUUUGCUUCUUUUGCUUGUCUUUGCUUUGCUAAAGUGAUCCUAUCUUUAUACAUUCGCUAUCAAUUUCACUAUUGGCAAAAUAGCCAUACAUAUUGUAUUGCUUUCUCAAUCAUGUAUGUCCACUGUCUGUAUUCACUCCACUUUCUUCUCAUGGGCACCGUGCCCACUCCCACACUCUUUAUCAUUGAGCCAUGUCCUAUCCACACUCACAUUCCAUCCAUAAUCUCAUGUACUCAUCGAUUAAGUGUUGCAAUUGUUACCCUACUUUUUUUCUUGUUUGUCUUUGCUCUCAAUCCUACAUUUGAAUUUCAGACUUCCCAAUAGUCGUAUUAAAAUUUGUUUUCCUGUAACUGGAUAUAAAAUGGGCCAUCCCAGUGUCUCACAAUGGAGUUAAGACAGAAGAGUUUUAUCUGUGGAGAUUCUCAGUCAUCCAGGUCAUAUUCACGCAAAGAGUUAAAGCAAGGCGUCUGGACAGUGUAGAUAGGCUUGAAGACGUUUCACUGCUAAUCCAUCAGCUUCAUCAGUUGAUGAAGCCGCUGAUGACGUUUAUAUUAUGGUUUGACAUCUGCCAUUGAAUGCAGACUGUUUCCUUUGCCUUAGUAAACAGAAUAAACACUGUGGCAUGAA